GUUUACUUCCGGACUCCGAUUUUAGACUUCGCUCAGAAAGCAGCAGCUCCAGUGGAGGUUCAGGCUGUCAGCUAGCACGGUAGCCAUACAAGGCUUCAUGACAGAGGUUACCAGCGGCAUCCCAACAGACAAGCCUCACUCGGCGCCACUGCACACACUGGACACCGCGACUCCGGGCGGACCACACCGCUGCCCGCUCUCCUCCGCUCGCCUUCGUGCUCAAAGUCACUCAAUGCUGCACUCCCGCUGCCAGCUAACAUACUGAUCUGACUGUGUUACUGCUACUUCAUGAUCCGAGCCAGCUGAGGAUCAAAACAAGGACAAUCACUCAAAGUUUAAGCGGCGUUUGUAUUUGACCGGCCAGGAUCCAGCAGCUGGGAGAGACACGGGCCCCGGGGAGAGCGACGGCACUCGGGGACCAGGCAGCCAGGGCAGCGAGGGUGGUGUCUGGAUAAACUAGGGGGUCGCCUCCAGCUCCUGGUGGAUUCAUCCCCUGCCAGCUAACGUUAGCUAAGCUAGCUACAAACAGCACCAUGGACUGGUUAAUGGGGAAGUCGAAGACGAAGCCAAAUGGAAAGAAGCCUCCUGCAGAAGAGAAGAAGCAGUACUUGGAGCUAGAGUACACAAAAAUCCGUGUUGUGGACUUUGACCUCAAGGAGCUGGUGGUGCUGCCCAGAGAGAUAGACCUCAACGAAUGGCUAGCCAGCAACACGACGACAUUCUUCAAUCUUAUCAACCUGCAGUACAGCACCAUCUCAGAGUUCUGCACUGGGGACACCUGUCAAGCCAUGACAGCCUGCAACACAAUAUACUACUGGUAUGACGAGAGGGGGAAGAAGACGAAGUGCACUGCUCCACAAUAUGUUGAUUUCGUAAUGAGUCUUUGUCAGAAACUGGUCACAGAUGAGGAAAUCUUUCCUACAAAAUACGGCAAAGAGUUCCCCAACUCUUUUGAGUCCUUGGUAAAGAAGAUCUGCCGGUACCUGUUCCACGUGCUGGCUCACCUCUACUGGGCGCACUUUAAAGAGACAGUGGCUCUGGACCUGCAGGGCCACUUGAACACUCUGUAUGCACAUUUCAUCGUUUUCGUAAGGGAAUUCAACCUGGUCGAACCCAAGGAGACCUGUAUCAUGGACGACCUGUCCGAAGUCCUUUGCACCCCUGUCCCGCCACCCGCGCCCACCCCAGCACCUUCCGCCCCAGCCUCAGCACCCUCCCCUUCUUCACAAAACCACGUGACGGAGAGAUGAGCGGGGGCGGCGGUGAGACAGCAGCCCCGGGGGUGAUAGAAGAUAAGAUAGAGAGAAGGAAAGACGGCCUGGCCCCCUUCCUCGGUGCCAGCAGGACUUACAGACCUUCCAGUACCCUUAUAUUUCGCUACGGCACCAACCAACCAACCAGCCGGAAGGAAGGAAGGAAGGGGGGGGGGGGGGUUUUUGGGGGGGGGGUUUGGGUUGGCAGAGAGGGAUUUGUCACGCCAGCAGGAAUUGGCGUGAGCAUUCCUCCCAGGGGCAAAUCCCUCCCAUCUUCUCUGCAAUUUAAACUAGGAACAAAAACGUAUGUGUAUGUUUUAUUUUUUGUUUUAUUUCACUUUUGUUGAAGUUUUAUUCAGUUUAAUUUUUUGUUGUGGGUUGGGGGGGGGGUUCAGUGUGUUCUUCACCUCCCUCUAUCCUCUACCUAACAUACAGUACAGGAAGGGGGCUCUGCUUUGCUUCAACCUACUAUUGUACAGUGUUGUUAAUGUGUGGAGAAGAGGCGUCUCUGCUCACCUGCGGGCUCGUCCUUCCCUCCUGCGGCGGCGGGAGGCGGCCUGCAGGCGUACGGCCACUACGCUGGCCAGUAGGGAGCCACGUCACUGCCUGACGGGGCGAUACUAGCCAAUCACUGUUUGGGUUGUUUAUGUGGGGGAUGAUUAAAGCGCUUCCUACUCAGGACCUGAGAGAAUAUGUCACUGCUGCCAGAGAGAAGUUACUCUCUAAUUUCCCAUUCUCUGUCCCUUGUUCACCGGACUGCUCAGUCCUUCAUAUGACAGAUGUUAAUCGUGUUUAGCUACAGUAUAGUCACAUAAUGUACCCCCUAACAAACAUGUCCCAGCGCCUACCUGUAGAGGGCAGCAAACAUGAAGAGAACGCCACAAAAACAAGGAGACAGGGAAGAAAAUCGAAAGAUUGUACGUUAGGUAUUUAAUCUGAUCAGAGUCGAUACGUUGAGGCAGACUGGUGCCCACAUGAGGCUGAAUCAGUGUUGCAGCAGCCCCCUGCACCAACACCACCACCGGCCACCCCACUCCAGCAGCACAGAAGGACAAAGACAUGAGGUAAUGUCUGCAGGCCCAGAGAGGCAGAGACGGAGACAGGAAGAGGGCUGGGAGUAGAUGGUGUGGAGCUGCUCAGUCAAUCCAAGUGCAAAACUAAAAAUCUCCACUUCUGGUUUAUUGUUUUUACCGGGCCCCAUAAGAUUUGCUUCUUUUUGGGGUUUUUUUUAAGAUUAUCAGAGGAAAAUUUGUUCAGAAAUAACAAUAAUGGUAUCAUUAUAUAGAAAAUGGACUGUACAAAGAAUCGCAAGCGGGUUCUGUCAGACAUAGCCUCUGUGUGGAGGAGGAUUGGGUUUAUAAUUCUCCUUUUUUUAUUUAUUUUAAUUUUUUUUUUUUUUUUUUUUUUUUUUGCAGGGUUCUUCAGUUCUGGCUCGUUUUUAUGUAUUUUAAUUAUUAACUAAGUUAAAAGCAAUUUAAUAUUUUAAGCUCUGCGGAUCAUAAUCUAAUAAAAGAGAGAAAUGCCA